CAGUCGGAAGCAGCCAGUACCGUGACGACCAGUUCCCGAGGAAAACCGGAGAAAUCGCCUCCGCGAGGUCCCACAUGAAUAACCCGGGAGCUGAAAAAUGGCGCCCAAUGGCCAUCUCAAAUCCAUCGACCCGGUUGCGCAUGGCAAGAUCCAUGCCCCAUUGGGUGCUGGCACAACAACAGAAGGAAACGGAGCAGCAACGACGACCACCGACCCCGCCAAAGAUACCUCCACCGUCGCUCUCCGGAGACUGUGGCGACCCUGACUACGAGAUCAUCGAAUUCCCGACCCGACCGCAAGCGCAAAAAUCCUCGACGCCGAUCACGAAAGCCCUGAAAUGCGUCCUCUGCGGCACCGAGAACGUGUUCGCCCGAUGCGACGCUUGCAACGGCAAUUACUGCGAGGCCUGCGACGAUAUGAAUCACAAACACCCGAAAAGGAAGGGCCACGUGCGAAGACGGAUCCUCACGGAUCUAGCGACGAGAACUCGACCACCGCUGCCACCCAAGGGCGAGAAUUCGUCGAAUCCACCCCCGAUACCGCCGCCACGACGAAAUCGCAAGACUCAGGCUAAAUCAACGCAAAACCAGGGACCCACGAAUCUCUCCUUGAUCGAGAGAGUCGGCAGCUUGAAGCGAACACUUCCGAACACUCCCAGACCUCUAUCGGCGACGAUCGACGCGAAAACAGUGUCGAAAUCUACGCAAUCGGUCAACACCGCUCCCAUCGAAGGAUCCGGAUUAGGCACCGACAAAAUGUCCACGCUACAGGAAAGAUACAGGAAAUAUCAAGAAGCGAUGCGAGCGCAAGACGCCAAUAGAAGAAGGCAUACUUCUAGCGACAUCGCGAGAGACACUUUGAACACGAGGCCGAUGAGCAUGGGCAGCCCUAAACCAGCCCCACCAGUCCCACCUCCGCCACCUCCUAGGUCUAUGAUACAAUCGGCGAGCGUUUGCGAUUUAUCGUCGUCUCACAUGUGGAACCCUGGAAUGCAUCAGGCACAAUCCAUGGCACACCUAGGUACAGGCGGCCACAUGCCAAUUAUGUGGUAUCCUCCAAACGCCCCCUGGGACAUGACUAUGGGUGGUUCCACGAUGAGUCUAAACCACCCAGCGAUGUGGGGUUACCCCAUGGGAUAUCCUCCAUCACAAGUGCUACCGCCGCAUUAUCCAGGAUCUCACUCGCGGCCCCACAGUCCUGCCCGAAGUCUGAAAUCUACAAGAAGAUCCAGAGCACCUUCCCCUGCGCCCAGCUUGAAAUCCAGAAAAUCGUUAGUCUCGAGGUCGCGAUCCAGAAGAUCGCAAGGAUCGCCGUCAGACGCGAGUUCCGAGGACUCUGGGGAAUCCGAUUUUGACGACAGGCUAUCGCGCAGCUCCAGAGGUACCAGACGCGGCAGCGUGUCCAGGAGCACCAGGCACAGGAGCUAUCACGAGGAUGACACCAGCAGGAUUCUGCUGGCCAGAAAUCGUCGCGAACGACUGAUGUCGGAAGAAAGGAUGCCCAGCACCGAGAGUCAGUGGUCCGAAAGUCACCCGAGCAAGAGAUACUCAACGUCGACCAGAAACUUGGACGAACUCCCGAAAAAUACCUUGAACGCCCGCAGACGAUACGAUCAGGACGAACGUAGAUCGUCCAAGGUGGAUCCUCGACUGGACCGCGUGCAAAACGGAAGUUACCGCGAUAGGCAACGACGGAGCACCGACGAUGAGUCCUCCGAUAGAAAAUCCGCCCUGCCAGGUCGUUCCAGAGUCACCAGCUCCUCCGACGAUCAUUUCGAGAGGGUAGACGUUACGCCACGGCGAAGGAGCGACGAGGUUCCGAGAAGAGCGUCCUCAGCGAAGAAGGAUGGAAGGUUGGAUGACCUCGAGAGAUCCUCUCGCAGGGACUCCCGAAGAUCCUCCAUCGACAGCGACGCGCAAAUCUCGAGGAGAACUCCUUCUCGAGACGCGUUGUCCAAGAGAAACCAGGACGUCGAAAAGGUAGACAAGGCAGACGACGAAACCACGUUCCGUACGAUGGCGAGGAAUCGACAAAGUCCAAAAAUGAAAGAAGAAACUUUGAUUAGAAGAGAAGUAUCGCUGGACGAAACGGACAAGUCACCUGUCGGUCAAAAUUCCACAAGAUCGUCCAUGGAUUCCGACAUUCAGAGCACCAGAAAAACGCCAUCUCGCGAUCCCGAGCCUAGGAAAUCCCGGGAGACCGAAGGCAAAGAAACGUCUCGACCUAGUAGCGGGAACCGAGAACCGGAGAGUCGAGAGAUCAGACGUUCCGUCGAAAGGGAGAGACGAAUCGAAGAGAUUCCUCAGAGAAAAGUGGAAAGUCCGACGGUUAAACGUCUGGAAAGCCCUACCUCGACGGAAACGAAAGCGAAGAAUAACGUUGCGUCCAAAGGUAUCCCAGACGAGCAGACAACAGCGAUGGAGAUACCGAAGGAGGAAUGGGCCUGCGAGCACUGCACCUUUAUAAACAAUAUAAAGGACCGCGUCUGCGUGGUUUGCUGCAAAACGAAGAGCAGCGCGUUGCCACCGAGCAACGAGGAGAAUCCCGAGGACGUUCCAGGCGGUUUCAGCGAGAUCCCCAAAAGCGAAUCCGCGACUACGUCCAGCAACCUUAGCAAUCCCAGCCCCGACAUCGAGAAAAGGACGAGCCUGUUAAAGAUAUCGAACAGCGAAGAGAGCGGCGAUAGUGGCUCCACGAGAAACAAAGAUACCCCGACGCUGGAAGACUCGUCUGCGAUCGUCGCGGAGAGCACACUUCCGGAAUCCGCGACGCCAUUAAUACCGAAUGAUUCGUCAGCGAAUACCGAGAGCACGCGGAGUGUCUCCUCCACAAAAAUAAACGAUGCGGAGCGACAAAUGUCGCCCAUAGAACCACCCAUGCUAGGACAAAUUCAUAAAAGUUACUCAGUUUCCACGGGAACGUCUCCGCCGCCUCAAAAUAUUUCGACUCAAACGUACGACUACCUUCCAGCGAGAGGAAGCACGGGAUUCGCAAGAUCAGCAUCAGUCUCGAAGGGUCUAUUGUACUACGAGGACAGCGACGUGGAGGAGCAAACCAGAUUCGCGAACAGCCCCGAUCUGUAUCCGCGCGUCAGUCAGGAACAGUAUCUUCAGCAGUUGAUCGGUGGGCCAAGCAGGGAUCGCACGCGACGGAACUCCAUCGACUCGACCCACCUUUAUUAUCGUUCCAGGGAGCCCAGCCAGCCCAGAUACAUCGAGGCAGGUCCUAGUACUCAAGGAGUUUCGACUUUGACUCGACAAGGCUUGGAGAUUGUCCAACUUCUUCGCGAAGCUGAAAGACAAGGCUAUACCACUGACGACGUGCAGGUAGCGCUAUCGCAGGGUGCCGCCAACCCUAUCGACUGGCUGAAGGCGCAAUGGCCCCACUUGGUGGAGACGGUGCAGGUACUGGCAACCACUCAUGGCAAGGAGCUCAAGGAAAACAACGUCGGGCCACUGACUGCCGUCGAAGCGAAGGAGGCCUUGAGAUUUGCCAAGGGCGACGUUUGGAACGCCGUCGCAGUCGCCGUUCAACGACGACAGCAGAAAUGCGAGGAUAUAAUGAAGAAAGGAAACUUCUCUACGGCGGAAGUCGUGAAAGCGCUCGAGAAUAACGACGGCGCCGAGGACGCGGCUUUAUUCGAGCUACAAAAGAACCAGCUCAAGCCGUUUUUGAUGAGGAUCUGGGGUCCUCCGGUUGGGGUGGAGAACGACGAGGCUGCACCGCGGGAAGAUGCGGCAGGUGCGGUCGGUGGUGGAACGGGUGUUACCCAACAGGUUUCCAACGUGUCGGACUCGGAAGCGAGGAAGCAGGUAAUGUCACCAAUCGUUGAAAAUUUCGUGGCGUUGCAGGCCGACUUUCAAAAGCAACUGGCAGCCCUCAGACAACUGACCGAUAACUGGCAACACGAUAAAGACCCCCUGAACACACUCGGUAAUAAGCCUGAUAAUCUGUACGAAGCUAACGAUGGCGAUCGAACCGUUCUAAUCGAUAAAAAUCUGGUCCCAAGGGCCGCGUUAGACCUCGAUGUACCCGCGGCCGCGGCCAUUAAAACGCAAGAGAAACGCCAUACGAUCGACCUCGACGGAGAAUCCACGCAAACAACCUUAGAUCAAAUAAGCAAUCCCGCGGUUCGAACACCCGAUGCAUUCGUUGCGAUCAAAAAUCUCGAUCGGGACGCUUCCGUAGCAAAUCUAGUCGAGGUAAAGGCACGAGAAACUUGGAGCCUGUCGGAAAAUUUGUCCAAGCAAAAUUUACAUGAAAAAUUAGAUGAGAAAACGAUCGACCUUCUUGUCGCGACUAAAGAUAAGGAGAUUUCGGAAACCGAUAAAGAGACUAAGAAUCGAUCCAACGAGUCACGAACGAAAACGAGCGUCGAGAAAAAUAAGCCUUCAACGGGAAUAGAACCCGUGGCGAACGAUUCGAGCAAUGCGAGAGAACCUAUGGAACGCACGAAGAAUGCAGCUCCAGAAGUAACUGAAAUGAAACACGAAGAAAUGCUUCCUUCGUCCAAGGAGACUCUAGAUUUUCCUGAAAGGGCCGUACAAGUAGAUAAAGCUUCUUCGGCUGAAAGCUCGAGCAUCCCUCUGCGAUCUAAUCCGCUGGAGGGCAGUUUAUCGGAGAGUAGUAAACUGGAAAAUCAAGAUUCCCCGGAAACUGACAAAGCUGACGAGUACAAUUCGUUAAACGAAAAGAUGUCGCAGAAUCGAGAGGAAGAGAACCCUGGGAACGCGGCGCUCACCUCGACAGAGACUGACGUACUCCGUCAGCCAUCCGAAACACCUGAAAGCGAAGAAUCGAUCGAGCUCGCGAACUCGACCAACGGAGAAUUAUCCGCGAUGCUCGAAAAACUAGAAUCGCCGUCUAUCGCGCCAGGAAGAUUCUCUUCGACGGAACAAGUCCCGCGAAAAAGCAACGAGACGCACGUGGCCACGGUAGAAGCGUUGAUAUCCGCCGUAAAGUCUCUGCCCGAGCACGUACUGGGUUCUUUCAUGUCGGCCAUGCAAAUACUAUCGCCGAAGAAAUCUAUCGAGGAAAUCGAUCGACCGAAGGUUCUCGACGCAGCGACUAGAAUGGAAGGAAAAGGGAGAACGGAACCUCCGGGUCUAGGAGUUCCGAACGCGGACGAUUCCCACAAAAAUGAAAACGAAAGUAGCAAGAAACUUGGGCCGCAACGGGCAGCAACGAAAGAAGCUGCCAGGGGGAUGAAAGAACCCUCGCUCGACACAAUGGAAUCCGCGACGUCCGAAACGACCGCCACCGACAUCAAAAAGCUGCAGGAACUCGAAACGGUACGUACGAACGAAAAAGACGCUGUCGCGACGCGAACUAACGCGAAAGGGAGGAUAACGGAGACGCUGGGAAGAAAAUUUGACGGUAACGAGGUCUCGAAGGACCUGUCGAAUCAGGAAGCGGAAGCGGCGCCAUUACCGAGCCAAGAGACAAAAGGGACAACGAUAGCCGCGAACGAGCUGGCCAAAAGAAUCGCUCGUCGUCUGUUGGCGGAAGGCAAGGCUUCGAACUACGAUCAGGCGGAAGUCGCUGCUAGCUUGUUGGCCUUGAAAUUUGGGGAUGUCGAGGCUCUGCACGCGGCCAAAGAAUGUUCCAGCGUGGAAUCGGCGCUAGCUUUCCUACAGCAAGAGUGCGAGCUCUGCACGGGUCGUUUCGCCAUGAGCCAGAUGAUAUCCAUGUUGAAAUGCGUGCAUCGUUGCUGCAACGACUGCGCAAAGAAUUACUUUACGAUCCAGAUCAGCGAUCGAAACAUCAUGGACGCGGUCUGUCCGUACUGCAAGGAGCCUAAUCUAAAGGACGCAACCGAGGACGAGAUCCUGGAGUACUUUAGCAAUCUGGACAUCCAGCUAAAGACCCUCCUGGACCCGCCUAUCCACGAGCUUUUCCAGAGAAAGUUGCGAGACAGAACGCUGAUGCAGGAUCCGAAUUUUAAGUGGUGCAUUCAGUGUUCGAGCGGAUUUUACGCGGAUCCGGAUCACAAGCGACUGAUUUGUCCCGAUUGCCGGUCGGUUACGUGCGCCUUCUGUCGAAGACCGUGGGAGAAACAGCACGAAGGAAUUACGUGUGAGCAAUUUGCCGCUUGGAAAGACGAGAACGACCCGGAUAAUCAGGCCGCAGGCUUAGCCAAGCACCUGGCGGACAACGGCAUAGAUUGUCCCAAGUGCAAAUUUCGGUACUCCUUGUCUAGGGGAGGUUGUAUGCAUUUCACGUGCAGUCAGUGCAAGUACGAGUUCUGUUGCGGUUGCGGCAAGGCCUUCAUGAUGGGAGCCAAGUGUUCCGUGAGCCCGUACUGCGCGAAACUGGGCCUGCACGCUCAUCAUCCGCGAAACUGUCUGUUCUAUCUACGCGAUAAGGAGCCCGCGCAGUUGCAACAGUUGCUGAAAGAUAAUGGAAUCGAGUACGACACGGACGGUCCAGCUGGGGAGCGCAAGUGCAAAGUGCAGUUGCAGAAAGAGACUCCCACCGGUGUCGUGGACGCGGUAUGCAAUUCAGACGUCGUUGAGGGACACGCUGGCUUGUGCAGGCAGCACUACAUUGAGUACUUGGCGGGCCUGAUACUGAAGGGCAGGUUGGACCCCGUGGCAAUCUUUGACUUGAACGAUGCCAAGCAAGAGCUGCGCCGUCGGGGAAAAGUUCCCCCUGCGAAGGACCAGGAAAUGUCCGAGCGGGAUUAUCUCGAGGCGUGCAUUCAGGUGGUGCGGAAAGAGAUUCCAUUGGAGUGAUAGCAGAAGAAAUUAAUUGAUAUUCGACUUUGUGCGUGAAACACGUGCGCGUGCGCACACGUUGCAUGUGUUGUAUAGUGUAUUUAUUUUAUUAUACGGGCAGCGAUGUAGAGAAGAAUUUACGAUUAAAGUAAACGAAGAUUAAACGUU